CACAUGUAUUUUCCUGCUAAGUAGUUAUUAUCACUAUCAGUCGGGUUCGCUGUAAGCGCUAUGUCAAACUUUAACAUACCAUCAUUUUCCUCUGUUAAUUCGAGUCGAGCGCACGCAAACGUUUGGGGAAUCGUACAACUGUACUUGUUACUCCUGUGACUAUGUAAACAUUGUGUUAGUGUGUGAAAUUAUAAUGUUCAACGCACCAAGGAGGCGGUCCUUGAACGCUAUCGUUGAGAAGCAUUUCUUAAGAAGGAGACACUCCAAGGAUUCUCCUUUGAUUUCACCAGCGACAGAUGAUGUAUUUUGGGACAGUCCAAAAGUGGUGCCUCGGACUGAGAAUCGUCGGACGGUAUCGGUAGGGGCAACAGGGGGUGUGGGUGAGCGGCACUCGUACGCCGAGGGCCGAGUCCCCGCGCCCCAUGGGCCCCCUCCCUCGCCCGGGGCAGUAGCAGCACAGAGAAGAGUGGCAGCGGCAUGCCAAGCGAGCCGCAAGCUGCUGGAGGAGACGCUUGCUAAGCCUGGAACCCCACCAACGAUAGUCCAACCUCCAAGUGGAGGGUACUGGGUGGACGGGGUGGAUGAAGCGCAGGAUGGCGAGGAACCAGAGCCUAGGGCCCAACCGGGAACCCCCAAACAGGCGUCCAGGCGGCACAACAUCGACACAGAUGACACCGCCAAGUAUUACAGGCGGUUCUUUCUUGGAAAGAUAUCAAGAGCACAUCAACUUGGUUGGGUUUGACGAAAACCUGGGUCCGGUGGUGAUGUCGCUGAAAAACGAGCAUGUGGCUGGGCAAGACCACACGAGGAUACUACUUAGGCUGCGCACGGAGACCAUGCAUGGGCUAAUACCAACAGCAAGGUCGAGCAUAACGCCGUCGCCUCUGAAAAUGGCCAAGAUGCUCAAUGAACAAGUGAACGUCGACAACUUCAUGGCGGUGAUGUGUCUGAAUGCGUCGCAGCUGAUCGCCACGUACGACGAGCACGUACUGGUGAAUAGCUUCAAAUUCGGAGUGCUGUACCAGAAGUACGGUCAGACGACAGAGGAGGAACUCUUCGGGAACAACGAGACGUCACCCGCCUUCGACGAGUUUUUAGAAAUGCUCGGGCAAAAGAUCAAGCUUAAAGAUCAUAAAGGCUAUCGAGGAGGACUGGACAUCAUGAACGGCCACACGGGCACGGAGGCGGUGUACGAACAGUACUACAACCGCGAGAUCAUGUUCCACGUGGCGCCACUGCUGCCGCACACGGCGGGCGACGCGCAGCAACUGCAGAGGAAACGGCACGUCGGCAACGACAUCGUGGCGAUUGUUUUUCAGGAGAAAGCAACUCCGUUCACGCCAGACAUGAUAGCUUCGCAUUUCCUCCAUGCCUUCAUUGUUGUAACGCCCGUGGAGGCUGCCGGCGGGGAGACCAGGUACAAAGUGGCCGUCACCGCACGAGUAGACGUACCAUUCUUCGGGCCGACUCUCCCCCAACCGCCUGUAUUCCGCAAAGGGCGUGAACUAAAAGAGUUCCUUCUAACGAAACUGAUCAACGCCGAAAACGCGUGCUACAAGGCCGAGAAGUUCGCACAACUCGAGUUACGGACUCGCGCCUCCUUACUAAUGAAUCUGGCUGAGGAGCUGAAGAGUAAAACCGUGGAGUUUCUCGGCACUGGCACGAGAAUCGAGCCGGGGGCAGUGUCUCCGCAACCGGAAGGAACGCCGAAGCAGGAAGGCCCAGGCGCGAGGUUCAUCGAUACUGUGAAAAAGGCGCUCAUUUCUAAAGUGAGGUCGCCAAGCGUGGACACAAAUCUCUCUAGUGACAGCAGUAAAAAUGUCAUCAACAAAAACAAGAUCUCAGCUUACGAAAGUCACACUCCUAAUAAAAUCGACGAAGGCCUACGAUAUUAUUCAAUAACAGAUAAAUCAGUGUCAUAUUAUCCUCGCAGUGCAGUCUACGUAGACAGCGAUACGGGCUUGGAGUCGAUGUCGUCUGCAGAGGCGGGCGCGAAUACACGCGGUGAACCACUAGCUGUGCCAAGAGCGGACGCCGAUCAGCUAAGACAAGAGGUGUGCCGCUUGAAGAACGACAAACUGGACUUGUUGAAGCAAAACAUCACGUGGCAGAACGAGAUAAAAUGCUUGCGUGAGAGGGAGAUGGCACUACAAGCAGAGCUAACAGUCGCAGCCAGAGAAGUGAGACGAUUACGGGAACAAUACGCGGCCGGCACCACCAUUCCUCCACCUUCAUCGCACGACUCAACGGCUUAAAGGAAAUACGAGCCUUAUUGCAUGGCAAUUGAGUCGCUUCUUCUUUAAACCCUCACACUUUUGUGAUCUGCAAAUCAUCUUGAUACGUUCUGUGUAAACUUGUCAAUCUAAUUAGAUAUUCAAGCAUUUUCUCUACGAUGUUGAAACAGAUCUGAAGAGGAGUGAAGUGUAUCCACGCAAGGCUGAUUUUCUAUCAGAGAUGUAAAAUUGAAAUGUGUCAGAAAAAUACCUACCUAGUUAUAACAAACUUACCAACAGAUUUCGGAAACAAUAUAUUGUAUGUAUAUGAUGUAGAAAAUCUUUGUUAUAAACUGCAGUGUAGCUCUCUAAGUGUAUGAAUCUUCUUAGGGUCGCAGUUUAUUUGACGCUGCAGUAACAGACUAUCAACGCCAUCUUUGCAGUUGAGUCAGGGAAAAAUUGACUUUAAGUUUUAUGUCGCAUGGUAUAUAUAAGAUUGAGUUUGUUGAAGAGUUUGAACGAUUCGUUUACACAUAUAAGUCUAAAUCCUAGACCGAUCUAUUCUACUUAAAGUUGUGUUUUCAGUAACUGAGCUGCAAUAUAUAUAUAUAGCGAUGCUAAUCUUGUAUACUGAGGCGUUAAACAAACAAUGAGUUUUACUGCAAAAGCAGACUAUUUUUCUACGUUCAUUAUUUGAACUUGGGCUAUCUGAGCCAAAAACUUGAUUUAUUACUCCCUAAAUCUUUAGAUAGGUACUCCAAGAACGUAUCUUUAUUUUGUGCAAUAUUUUUGUUUUCGAAACAAUGAUCGGGUCACGUGCUUUACAAAAAAAACAAAUGUUAAGCAAGAAACAUUGCUUACAAGUGAUUUGCAUGCAUUGUCGUAACAAUUUAUAAUUAUGACGCAUUAUAAAAUAUAUUUUUUGCCUUUUUAAUAAGUGACCAUUCCUAUCUCUUAUUGAGAACUAUUUAUUUAUCUUCAAUCCCAGUUGCACGCUUCCGUUGCGCCUCGACUGACAUAACGGUAUGAUAGAGUUAAUUUAAUAAGAAUUUAAUUAGCUAAUUAAAGGAGGUAAUGAUCCGAAUCUUUUAUAAUGUACCAUUGUACCAAUACUGAUCUUUAAUAUUCGAAUACAAUUUUGUAACAUGUUUUUGGGGCAUAUUGUAACUCUUUUCAAGAAUACACGUCUACUAUAGAGCUAACCGCUUUGUAAAUGUUGUGAUAAUGUAGACGUAAUACUUUAUAAAUGGAUAUAUUUAUAGUGAAAAAAUAAUGAUUAUUUAUACAUGUAUAUUAAAUAAUAUAACACUUUAUGGGAUUAAAACCAGUCUUAGGCAUUACUUUCAGCGCAAUGUGUUAGGUACAGUAAUUUUUAUAGCGAAUUUUCUAGAAUUGUAUAAACUGUUCUGUUCUUAAAAGGAAUGUUUAUUAUCAUUAGAUAUUAUUAUCACCCAAUGUAAAUUCAAACAAUGUUCGUGAAUAGCUUUUUGUAAUGUCGACACCUCACUUGGCUGUAUUCAUGUUUGCUAUUUGGAAACUUGAUAUGCUUUUCAUACUUUAUAAAGCAUGGUAAAGAAAGGCUGUUGUCAAGUUUACAAUUAGCAAAUACGAAAAGCCAAGUGAAGUGCCGGCAUAACGACGUAAGUAACUGCACAUUGUGCUAAUGAAAUUUGAAAACUUGUUGUGUAAUUCUACCCACAUCUAAUAGGUACAGUAGCAUUCAGUUUGACUAAUAAAUCGUUUUCAUAACCGGCUGAAGAAAAUUCAUCAUCGCUAAGAUUCUUAUCGAAACAGCAAUCUAUAUACUUACACAAUGGUGGCGAUUCUGGCACGAUUCUCUAAACUUAAAACAUAAUUUAACACCAGUUUCUUCUUUUUAUUCUGCAUAGAUAAUGACAAGGAUAUACAGUUGUCAAAUUUAAGUUUAGGCUUAGAGAUUCAUACCAGAAUCGACACCAAUAUAUCAUUUGACAUUAUAUUUACACUAUUUAGCUAUAUGUGUUAAAUGGUAUAAUUAAUACUGGCUGGCUUUCUUCGGCGAAUUAUAAAUUUUUAGGUAAUUCCAAAAACACAAAAUGUUAGACUAUAGUAUAAAACGGUACCUACCAAUUAGGCCUUGAGUGUAUGUUAGGAAACCUACACACUGUGGUGCAUUAGAGAAUUUUAUAUAAUAUGUAUUUAUCUGAGAAUAAUGAUCUUUAUCUAUGUUAUAUAGAUUCAUUUAUAUAAUAUAAUUAGUAGAAAAUUUCCCAGUAUAUUUAUUGCAAUUUAUUAUUUGUGUCUCCUAUUCAUUUCAAUUCACCGCACAGUGCAAUCUUUUUGCAGUUGAUCACUGAGAACGUUUAAUUUUUAGUUUAUUCUCAUAAGUACCUACACAAAUUUUAAGUUUGCCAGUUUUUGUAAAUAUAUUGGAGCUGGUUCUAGGCUAUUGAUUAAAACAGUAUUUUUUUUUUCUAAUUUAUACUUGAUUUAAGCCUCGUUCUUUGUGUUUGAAAUAAUGUUAUGUUGUUUAUAAUUAAUAUUUUAUACCAAAGUUAACAUUCCCCACUAAAUAGUAUAGUUUUUUUUAUUAUUAUUAUUUACCGUAAUUUGUGAAGCAGUAUUUGAUCAGUAACGUGUUAUGCGCAGUAGAUUAAUCUGUGGUUUUGUUAAAAAAAAUAUAGUUUGCUUUUGGUUGAAGGCUGAACAGCCGAAGCCGAGAACAUAUUUGAAAAAGGAAAAUAUACAAAUCCUUGUAGACUAUAUUUAACUAACCAUUAGGUUAUUGUUAACUGUUCUAUUACCCCUUCUAAAUCUUUGUAGCGCACGAAACCUAAUUUUACAUUUAGUUUUAUUUUAGUUUUAAAUGUAAUCUAUUGGGUUUUGUUCGACUGUUGAUUAUGAGUAUGUUGAUUGUAAUUAACACUAACUAUUGAUUCGUCUUCACUUAGACUUAAACCAAAUAUUGCGAGCGCGGAGCGUUAGAGAAAAUAGUUUAUAAUUUAAGAGAUACUAUUGAAAUAUAUAAAUAGUUAAUGAUACAAUAAUAA